AGCCACUUAUAAUCUACCCCGGUACUGGUACUAGUUUUUUGUGUGGACGAUCUGUUCACUUUUAUCACUAACUCAAAUAUUCAGGUUGCUUUCUUCUUCUUUUUUUUGAUGAAAAAAAAAUCCAGGUUUCUGCUGGUGCCAUUCUUGAGAAUAUGCAAGUUAAGGCAAGAAAAAAGAGAGCAGUGCAGAGAUGCUGGAGUUUAACUAUAGCAGUUUAAAAUGCAUAAUCCAGGCGUGAUUCAAAAGUUGCAACUUGAAGAUUUCAGCGGUGGAGUUGCAUAUAUGAUUGAUAGAUGACAAACUGCAAGAAAAGAGAUGAGGUUCGGACAACAGUACUGGAGCAUGAUAAUUAAGCAAGCUAUGGACGCCGAUGGGAAGGAGCUGGAUCCAUCUGACCAAGAGCUUGAAGGUAGUCCUAUCGCAGGGGAUAUCUCAUCCGUGAAUCAUCGAUCACCCUGCUCAUCAGCUCCACCUACAGAAGGAAAAGUUCAAUUAAGCGAUGAACAGAAGAAAAAAAAGAAAAUAUAUGAUCACAGACACCGCGAGAAAAAGAAGCGACAGGAGGAUGAUAUAAUGGAUCAGCUCGAAAGUCUGGAAAAAACAUCUGGUGAUUUGGAACGUGAAAAUGUCAAGUUAAAAUGGGAAAGAGACCACUUGGAGGUCAAAGUGGAGGAGGAAAAUAGGAGAAUUCUUAACCUGUUGCUCGACAAUAAUGCAGGACAAAAUACUGAGGUGCAGAAUCUCUCGCAGAUCAAUAUUAAUGGAGAAAGCUCAAUGCGUCUUAACGAUCAACGAGAAAUGAACGAGGUCCCGAUCACGAGCAGUACUGUCUCUAGGGGGAACCCAUCCAUGAAUCCUCAAACGCUCCCCCAAUCAACUAAAAAGAAGCGUAAGAUAAUUGAGGCCUCGGAAAGGAUUGAAAUACUUAAAAAAGAAAUUGUAAAAUUCGAUGAAAAUAAUGCCGUCUUACGAGCGGAAGCGCAUCUGCUGGGAAAAACUCUCGCUAUGCUUCGCAACAUCACGGCGCAGAUGACUACUAGGAAAAGUGAUAUGCUGGAGACGUUUAUCAUGGACUACAUGCUGCAAACCUCUGGUCAGAGAAACACACCUUUCAGCACACAGUUGCAGCUCCCAUUUGAAAUGACUGAAUUUGGCACUGGAGAGACAGGGCAACCUGUUUAUCACCCACUAGUUUAUCAGUCUGGAACAAUAAUGGAGUCAGGAGGCCCGGCCAUUGACGAGUCAUCGGGGCUGCCUCAAUCACAUCUCCUUCAAGGACGGGCACAUUUGCAACUCCCAUCUGGAAUGACUCCGGACAACACAUUUAGCACUGGAGAGGCAGGCCUACCUGUUCAUCACCCACUGGAUUAUCAGUAUGGAACAACAAUGGAGUCUGGAGGCCCGCCCAUGGAAAAUCCAUGGGGGCUGCAUCAAUCACAUGUCCCCCAAGGGCGGGCACAUGUGAACCAGGGCCUGGUGCUUGAUGAUGUAACCUCUAGUCUUAGUGACUUUUCGUGUUUUGACAACGAAUAAACUCAGGAAUUGGAGACAACAAGCAGCUGAAUGGUGAGGAGAGGGACUGGAAGAUUGUUUACAGGCGUUACUUUUUCUUUCUAGUUUUUCUUGAAGAUUUUGGGAGAUACUACGUACCAUGGCUUCUCUUGUUUGUUUUAAUUUCUUUAUUUUAAGUUUGGAAGUACUCUGAUGCUAAUAAGUUAUGUUGUGUGGUUAGAUUGAAGUUUUUGGAAUUAAAAUUAAUGGUCUCGCGUAUCAUUAAUAUGAAGGAAUUACUGAUGAAAUUACACGAAACCUUUUAGCUA